AUGGGUGUGAACUCGAACAGAGUGGAACACUUCGACAACCGCGAACCCGCCACCCUCAGAAUCCAAACCCAGACACCGUCGUUGGAAAUCCAUGCAGUGCAAUUGCCACCACAGCGAACCACACUCCACAAACUCCGACACAGAGUCUCCGAAAUCUUCUUCCCCGACGACCCUCUCCACCGUUUCAAGAACCAAACCUCCUUCAAAAAGUUCAUCCUCGCACUUCAGUAUCUCUUCCCCAUUUUCCAAUGGGCUCCAAACUACAACCUCACCCUUCUCCGCUCUGAUCUCAUCUCCGGCCUCACCAUUGCCAGCCUCGCCAUUCCGCAGGGGAUCAGUUAUGCCAAGCUUGCAAACUUGCCACCCAUUAUUGGAUUAUAUUCAAGUUUUGUGCCUCCAUUGAUAUACUCGUUGCUUGGAAGUUCUAAACAUCUCGGUGUGGGACCUGUUUCGAUCGCGUCUUUGGUUAUGGGAUCAAUGUUAAGUGAGAAAGUUUCUUUCUCACAAGACCCUACUCUGUAUCUUGGACUGGCUUUCACCGCCACUUUCUUUGCCGGUGUGUUCCAAGCUUCUCUGGGUAUUCUAAGGUUAGGGUUUGUGAUUGAUUUUCUGUCGAAGGCAACUCUGGUUGGAUUCACAGGCGGUGCCGCCAUUAUCGUGUCACUGCAGCAGCUUAAAGGUUUGCUUGGAAUCGUGCACUUUACAAGCCAGAUGCAAAUAGUUCCGGUCAUGAUCUCUGUUUUCAAACAACGACAUGAGUGGUCAUGGCAAACCAUUCUUUUGGGAUUCGGCUUCUUGGCAUUCCUGAUGACCACAAGGCACAUUAGCUUGAGGAAACCAAAACUCUUCUGGGUUUCAGCCGCUGCACCAUUGGCAUCAGUUAUUCUGUCAACCAUUUUAGUCUUUCUUCUGAGAAACAAGACUCAUCAGAUUUCAAUUAUUGGACACUUACCAAAGGGACUUAAUCCACCUUCAUCAAACAUGUUAUACUUCAGUGGUCCUUACUUGGCUCUUGCUAUCAAAACUGGAAUUAUCACUGGGAUCUUAUCUUUAACUGAAGGAAUUGCAGUAGGUAGAACAUUUGCAUCACUUAAGAACUACCAGGUGGAUGGAAACAAAGAAAUGAUGGCUAUUGGUCUAAUGAACGUAGCUGGCUCUUGUUCUUCAUGUUAUGUCACAACAGGAUCUUUUUCUAGAUCCGCUGUUAACUACAAUGCCGGAGCACAGACAACAGUUUCAAAUAUAAUCAUGGCUGCGGCUGUUCUAGUUACCCUUCUGUUUCUCAUGCCUCUCUUCUACUAUACACCAAAUGUUGUCUUAGCGGCCAUUAUCAUCACUGCUGUGAUUGGGCUAUUAGAUUAUCAAUCUGCGUAUAAACUGUGGAAGGUUGACAAACUUGAUUUCUUGGCAUGUCUGUGUUCCUUUUUCGGGGUUCUGUUUAUUUCAGUGCCUCUAGGCCUUGCUAUAGCGGUUGUCAUAUCAGUCAUCAAGAUCCUGCUUCAUGUCACUCGACCAAACACUUUGGUUUUGGGGAAUAUACCAGGAACUCAAAUAUUCCACAACAUAAACCAAUACAAAGAAGCUUCAAGAGUUCCUUCAUUCCUCAUUUUGGGUGUUGAGUCCCCAAUCUAUUUCGCUAACUCAACUUAUCUUCAAGAAAGAAUACUGAGGUGGAUUCGAGAAGAGGAAGAACAUAUAAAAGAUAAUGAUGGAGCUGCAUUGAAGUGCAUGAUUUUAGACAUGACAGCUGUGACAGCCAUAGACACAAGUGGGCUUGAGACUUUAUGUGAACUUAAAAAGACGCUGGAGAAGAGAUCACUUCAGCUUGUGUUGGCAAAUCCUGUUGGAAAUGUGGCGGAAAAAUUGCACAAGUCAAAAAUUUUGGAAUCCUUUGGAUUAAAAGGAGUGUAUCUCACAGUGGGAGAAGCUGUGGCUGACAUUUCAUCGAUCUGGAAAGCUCAACCUUGAUUUCCCAUCGAUGGUGUUUAUGGAACCACAAGAUAAACUCUAACUUUUAGUUUAUGUGGCGAAUGCUUGUUAAAUUCCGGAGAGUCUAAUUUCUGUUAGUAGGAAAGUUCAAAACCUUUUGUUACUCCUUUUAGUUUCUGCUACUCAGCAAUUUUGCUUCUUGUUAGAGGGAAAUGAAUCCAAGGAAUGUAUGAUAUGCAGACAAUUUGAGUUCAAUGUAUGAGAGAACAUUGAAAUCUCACAA